AGAUAAGAAGAUCUACAGUUUUUUUUUUUACUUUUUACAUAACAACAUCGAAAGUGAAGUCAUGGCUGACGGCUUUGAUCCCUGUGAGUGUGUGUGGAACCAUGAACAUGCCAUGCAGAGACUUAUUAACUUGUUGAGGAACACACAGUCCUACUGUACAGAUAAUGAAUGUCUAACAGAUCUACCUGGAGCUAACACGGCACCAGAUGGUGGGUUCAGUUCUAUGAUGCUGAUGAUGCUGGGCUGGUUAGUGGUGGCCACAUGUCUCUAUCUUCUACGUCCCAACAGUCUACGAAAUCAAGGAGAUUCAAAACCAGCCAGAAACAAUGAUCCCAGUCCACCUCCCCCUGGUCCCUCAGUAAGUUAAAGAUGCAUAGGUAUAAUGGGACUUUUGACAUGGCUCACCCUAAGGACUCAGUCCAGGAAAAAUGCCCUCAUUUCUACUGUGUGUGUCUAAGGAGUGAAUGCUGGCAGUAUGACUGGACGUUACCUCAUCAUUUGUACACAAGGAAUCUUGUGUCAUCCAUCCAUCAAUCUAUAAUGUGUGCAAUCAGAACUAUAUAAACACGGCUUUGACAUCAGUUCAGAUCUUAUAAUAUAUGUUGGGAUAUUUAUAUGUAGGUCAUUGCAUUAUUUCUUAUUUGGUGAACUUGAGAUAUUUAUAGAUAUUUGAACAUAUAGAAACACCAGUGUCAAGUUUGCUUCUGGUAAAGGAAUUAAAAACAUUUCAAAAAUAUGUGAUAAAUGUGCAAAAUAAUUGUAAAUCCUUGUACACAUUUAUAGACUAAUUUCAUUUCAACUGAUUAAGGGAAACGUGGAAUGAUGCUCAGAAGAAAACUUUAAAAUACAUGUAUUUGUAAUUGGUGCAUUUAAAUGUUACAAUGUUUUGAUCUUUCUUUUAUUAUAACUUGGUGUAGGAUUUUUUUCUUACAUUGUCUCAUUAUUGAAGUUGAUUUAAAGCAAUAUGAGCUGCAUUUUUGAAAAUUUUAUUUUGCUGUUAAAAUGUGCUGUUUCAAUAAAUCUGUACAUAACUUAAACCUUUAUGAUCAAUUAGACUAAAAGUAUCAUAUUGUUUCAAAAGAAAGAUUUCUGUACAAUGGAAUGUAUAGUAUUAUAUAAGAAAUCUAUAUUGUACAGGACGACAAUAAUGUAAUUUUGCUUCAAUCAAAGCUUAAAACUAGUUUUUCUAUCGAAAUUGUAAACAAAAGAAGGUUAUAAACCUUUUUUUUGUCAUUGAAAUAGUUGAUUACAAUAUUGCAACAAUAAUGUCCGAUAUCAACGUUGCAGCUCGUAUUGCUUUAAGGAAAUAUACAUAUAUCUGAUCCUUCCUCUGAUCCCUUGGCUAUUCUGAUAUGUAACUUGCAGACCAUUUUUUCGAGAUCAUACAUUUCAGUGCUUAAAUCUUUUGGUGUUGGUUUAUGUUUUAACUCUAUGCAUCAUUGGUGAAUUCCUGAGACAUCACUUGUUUUUGGUGGAGACUCACGAUUCAUUUAUUGUUGAGUAUCUUUAAAACCUGAAUACUAUGAAGUGUAAUAUUUCUUAAUUGUUUUAAUUAGAGUAAAUAUGUUAAAUUUUGUUUUUACUCAAUAAUACAUGUACAUGUACAAUGUUUAUGUACUAUUUUGUAUUUAGAUAUGUUUAAGAAUUUUUAAUUUGUUAAAUAUAAUUAAUAUUAUUUAUGUCUAGUUUUUGAAGUCUGAUAGUAAUAUUCAUUAAUUUGAAAAUUUUGUU